AUGUGCGUGAUGGUCGUAGUCGUUGUUGUUGAUAAUGAUGGUGGAAAGGAAAGAUUGGCAAAAGCCGGGAAAAAGGUACACAGUUACGCGGGGGCGAGCUGCCAAUUCGGCGUCGGUCUUCUAAAUUCCGAUUUCCGCACUUUCUCAAUUGUUCGGCUCGCAAAAACCGCGUUCGCGCGUUUCCGGCCUCCUCGCGACUGUGACGGCUCAAUUCCAAGUCGGAGCCUUCUUGAGACACAAGCUCCUGAUAUGCAUGGAGAUCUGUUCCACAACUGGUAUGAGGACGAGUGCUAG